AUGAACACGCUGACGAUCAGAACCACCCCCGCAUCUUCGGAGACCCUGGCCAAGAGGGCUGAGGCGAUGCUGCAGGUGGAGGAGUUGUGCAAGGCCCAGGUCCAGUGGUACCAGACAGCCACCGUCGCGGAAUACCGGAGAAUGCGCGCCGAGGGCAUUGGGUUCCCAAAGCCUUCACUAUACGAAGGGGCUAGAACCGUGACCCUAGCCGGGAGACAUGGACAUGACAUCCAGCUCCGAGUCAUCCAGGCCCAGACCACAUCAAAGGGAGUGCUUCUCCACUUCCACGCAGGGGGUUUCGUCAUUGGCUCGUCCAAGUCGUAUGACAAUUACCUUGUUCACCUCUCCAAGGUUCUAGAGUUGUCGGUCGUAUCAGUCGAGUAUAGACUGGCACCAGAGCACCCUUACCCAGCGGCACACAACGACGCUGUGGACGCGGCGAUGUUUGCCCUGACUCCCGAGGGGGAGGCCCGACUCGGUGGGCCACUCAGAAUCCUGGCUGGUGAGUCUGCCGGCGGUUACCUCGCGACGUGGGCUGCAAUGGAACUUCGCCGCAGGGGCCCCGGCAGUGGUUCGUCACAGGUCGCAGCCGUGAUUGCCAGCUAUCCGAUCUAUGACCUGACGUACACUCCGUCCUGCCUCAACCACGCGAGGGAGGCAGUUCUCUCCAGCGAGGGAAUGAAGAAUUUCGUCGAUGCAGCAUUCCCAAACGUGCCUCCGGAGCAGCGGAGACAUCCAGAUCUCUCACUCCUAUACGCGGAUCUGAAGGGGUUGCCGCCGGCGCUUUUUUUGUGCGGUACCGAGGACCCAUUGGUGGACGACAGCGCAUUCAUGGCCGCGAGAUGGAGCCUUGCGGGCAAUGAGGCCGAGUUGUCUCUCGUUCCGGGUGCUUGGCAUGCUUUUACCUUGAUCCCUUCCGGCGAGGUUACGGACGAAGGGCUAGCAGAGAUAGUGUCAUUCGCCAGGAAGCACCUGUGAGCUGUUAGCC